CGUGUGUGCAGACUGCCGGGCUGCCCCGAGCCGGCGGGGAGCCGGUCAGCUCCUAGUGGCUGGCGGCUGGAGUGAGGGUCAGCACGUCCCCUCUUCCCUCUCGCAGGGAGCGGACAUGGACUUCGACUCGUACCAGCACUAUUUCUACGACUAUGACUGCGGGGAGGAUUUCUACCGCUCCACGGCGCCCAGCGAGGACAUCUGGAAGAAAUUCGAGCUGGUGCCGUCGCCCCCCACGUCGCCGCCCUGGGGCUUGGGUCCUGGCGCCGGGGACCUGGCCCCUGGGGUUGGUCCCCUGGAUCCGUGGCCCGGAGGGGGAGUUGGGGAUGAGGCGGAAUCUCGGGGCCACUCGAAAGGUUGGGGCAGGAACUACGCCUCCAUCAUCCGUCGUGACUGCAUGUGGAGCGGCUUCUCAGCCCGGGAACGCCUGGAGAGAGCGGUGAGCGACCGGCUAGCCGCUGGCGUGCCCCGUGGGAACCCGCCUAAGGCACCCACUGCCCCGGACUGCGCUCCCAGCCUCGAAGCCGGCAACCCGGCGCCCGCCGCCCCGUGUCCGCUGGGCGAGCCCAAGACCCAGGCCUGCUCGGGGUCCGAGAGCCCUAGCGACUCGGAGGGGGAAGAAAUUGAUGUUGUGACGGUGGAGAAGAGACAGUCCCUGGGUGUACGGAAGCCGGUCACCAUCACAGUGCGAGCAGACCCUUUGGACCCCUGCAUGAAACACUUCCACAUCUCCAUCCAUCAGCAACAGCACAACUACGCUGCCCGUUUUCCUCCAGAAAGCUGCUCCCAAGAAGGGGUUCCAGAGAGGGAACCCCAAGAAGAGGCUCUAGAGAGAGAAGCGCCAGAGGAAAAGGAAGACGAGGAAGAAGAAGAGAUGGUGAGCCCUCCACCUGUAGAAAGCGAAGCUCCCCGGUCCUGCCACCCCAAACCUGUCAGUUCUGAUACUGAGGAUGUGACCAAGAGGAAGAACCACAACUUCCUGGAGCGCAAAAGGCGGAAUGACCUCCGGUCGCGGUUCUUGGCCCUGAGGGACCAGGUACCCACCCUGGCCAGCUGCUCCAAGGCCCCCAAAGUAGUGAUCCUAAGCAAGGCCUUGGAAUACUUGCAAACUCUGGUGGGUGCAGAGAAGAGGAUGGCCACGGAGAAGAGGCAGCUCCGAUGCCAGCAACAGCAACUGCAGAAAAGAAUCGCGUACCUCAGUGGCUACUAACUGACCAAAAAGCCUGACUGCUCUGUCUUACAAAAACACAAGUUUAUUUUGUAUCCUUCCCCCUCCCCCUUAGUAAUUUGCACAUUUUGUUUACGGUGGGACAGUCUGGACAAUAGAUCCCAGAAUGCAUUGCAGCCAGUGCACACAAUAAGGGCUUGCAUUCUUGGAAACCUUGAAACCCGGCUCUCUCUCUUCCCUGACUGGUUGGAAUGCUGUGUCUUCUCUGGCCCUUUGGCUCCUCAGGCAGGCAGCUGACUGUGGAGCCUUGGGGUCUGCCUAGCUCACUAGCUCAGAAGAAAAGCCUGACAGAUGCUAUGCAACAGGUGGUGAACGUUGUCGGGGGGCUGCGGCCUGCAUGAAAUCUCACACUCUGGAUGAGCUUUAGGCUGGGAAAAGAUGCUCCCAGUGGUGUCUCUGGGGUGAUGCUAGGACAGCUGGGCCUGGAUGUUCUUCCUGAGGCUCCUUUUUCCAGGAGACACAUGAGCUGUCUUAGAUGGAGACAAGCUUACAAACUUGAUCAACACGGACCAUUACCUCACUGUCAGACACUUUAUAGUAGCUGAGGAGUUGGUAAACCUUUUAGAUACAUUGGUGUAUAUAUAAACCUUUUAUAUAUAAACUAAAAAUGUUAGAUAAUACCCCUCCUUCCACUCUCAAUGCUAAGACCUUGAGAACUUUUAAAGAGCUUGGCUUCUAGAUUCUUUGUCUCAGAGCCCUCUGGGCCCUUUCUUCUGAGGGAGGGACCAUUCUGUCCUCAAAAGGGACUUUUUUGUUUCGUUCUACCUUUGUUAUGCAAUGGAAUCUACUGCACUUCUUUCCCACAGGUCAGAAAUAUUCCCCCAAGACAAAGAGAAAUUGGUCCUAGCCUGGGGCCCAUGAACUUGUUCUUUGCCCAGGUAUUUUCUGAGGGGUCCUGGAGGCUCAUAUUGGAAUCUUUUCUCAAGGCAGGCAUAAGGCACCUCAGGAGGGAGAACUGUACCACUUCCUGUUUUCCACCUCCGUCUCAUUUCAAUUCCUGAUUGAUAAGUUUGAAGUUCUCUGGAACCAUGCAAAGCUAUCCUCAUGCAACCAACUCCAAGGAACGGACUGGCUCUGUGGUCAUCCUUGGACCUCCACCAGCCCGCCAUGAGUCAGAUUCCUUUUCCAGAAUCUGGACCUCACUGAAGUUCUGGGGAGAGCCACUGGGACUCAUCUGGUGGAGCCAGUGCUCCAGAAGGUGGACUUGCUCCCUGGUGGGUUUUAAAGGAGCCUCCAGUGGCUCUGUUUAGCCAACCAUGAUGGAUUUUGCCCCAGUUGGACUCUGCAGCUUCAAGUGGAGUCUGGGUACAGCCUCCAGCCUGGGAAAAGCGCCCAGCCCAACAGAUGUCAUACAG